AUCCCAGGACCUAAAGGAAUACCUAUCGUAGGAAAUGCACUCCAAGUUGACUUGGAAAAUAUUCACAAAGAUUUACUAAAAUGGGCUAAGGAGUAUGGAGCGAUCUUUAAGUUGAAUUUUGCCGGGGAAUUGAUAGUUGUACUUAACAGCUUUGAUGCCAUCUACGAAGCUCUUGUCAUAAAAUCAGGGGAUUUUGCAGGUCGAGCAAAUGACACCUUCAGAGUUAAAACACUGGUUCAAGACGACGAUGUCCUAUUUCAAGACUACACAGAAAAAGUUAAAUACAUGAAGAAACUCAUGCUCCAGGGACUCAAGAUGUACGGCGAGGUGUGUUCGAAUAUAGUUAAGAUC